UUUUUUUGUUUCUUUUGUCAAUCAAAGAAAAGAGAAAAACGCCGUGUGUUAUCAAAUCUUUUCCUGAUUGAUUCGUUUUCUCGGGAAAAUUUCUAAUUUUCCUGUCCUUUUGAGGAAAAAAAACGGCGCUUCAGGGGAAAUUCGGCAAUGAUUCUGAGGAAAGUAUGGGGAUCGGUGUGGAGCCGAUCGAAUAGUGGUAAGGACUCGGCGAGCCAAAGGGCGAUUCAUGUUCCUGUGUCGUCUUCUUCGUCGUCUUCUCUUGGCGCGUUCGAUCAGCUACCGAUGGAUAUUUUAGUCCAGAUACUGAUGAUGAUGGAGCCGAGAGAUGCUGUGAAAUUGAGCUUAGCGUGCAAAGCAUGGAAAUGUUUGGCUGGUGGUAAUCGUCUCUGGAUAUUCUAUCUCCAGUGUUCGCAAGAUUCAUGGGACGCCAUUUUCUUCGCCGAGACAUGUUUGCGUUCUGGAUAUCCCCUCCGAAUGGUUUCUAGUCAAUCAGGGGAAUUGUCGUUCAUGCGUAUUUAUGGUCAGAGGGCACAAGUUCCUGGUUCUGUAAUUAUUGAUGGUGGUUCUGGAUAUUGCAAGUUUGGCUGGAGCAAGUAUGCUUCACCUUCUGGUCGUUCUGCGACUUUUCUGGAAUUUGGCAACAUCGAGUCGCCAAUAUACGCUAGGCUUCAACAGUUCUUUGCAACCAUUUUCACCAGGAUGCAGGUAAAGCCCUCUAUGCAGCCAAUAGUGGUGUCACUACCUCUCUGCCAUUUUGAUGAUACUGAAUCGGCCAAAGCAUCAAGGCGGCAACUUAAGACUGCUAUCCUUAAUGUCUUGUUUGACAUGAAUGUUCCUGCAGUCUGUGCAGUGAAUCAGGCUGUAUUAGCUCUAUAUGCUGCACGACGGACAUCUGGAAUUGUUGUUAACAUUGGUUUCCAAGUCAUAACCAUCCUUCCAAUUUUGCAUGGCAAAGUGAUGCGUCAGGUAGGUGUAGAAGUCAUCGGUUUUGGAGCGUUAAAACUCACCGGCUUCCUUAAGGAGAAGAUGCAAGAGAACAAUAUUACCUUCCAAUCGCUCUACACUGUUCGUACUCUAAAAGAGAACCUGUGUUAUGUGGCUCUGGAUUAUAAAGCUGAACUUUCAAGAGACACACAAGCUUCAAUGGAAGUCGCUGGUGAAGGAUGGUUUACUCUGUCAAAGGAGCGUUUUCAAACUGGGGAGAUAUUAUUCCAACCACGUCUUGCUGGAAUGCGUGCAAUGAGUUUGCAGCAGGCAGUCGCGCUCUGUAUGGACCACUGUGAUGCAGCAGGACUUACAGGUGAUGAUAGCUGGUACAAGACUGUAGUUUUGGCUGGAGGAAGCGCUUGUUUGCCAGGACUUGCAGAGAGGCUAGAGAAAGAACUGCAUGACUACCUUUCUCCAUCUAUAUGCAAUGGAGUCAGAGUAAUCCCUCCUCCUUGUGGCGUGGACACAGCCUGGCAUGGGGCAAAGCUUAUCAGUAACUUAAGCACCUUUCCUGGUCCUUGGUGUAUUACAAGGAAGCAGUUCCGUCGCAAGUCAAGACUAAUGUGGUGAAUCUCUCAGAGUUUUUACUUCUCCUACGUUAUAUAUAUAUAUAGAGAGAGAGAGGCAUGUAACUGUUAGUUCUACGGUACUUUACAUGUCUUUAUAUAAGUCCGUAUGUAUAGUGAUAGUGUCCAUUAUUGAUUGCACUCCAAAGCCUAUAGAAAACAAUAAUUUGUGAAAACCAUUGUGAACAAGAAUAAGAUGUUACCUUUACAUCUACAUACUGUGCUUAAAAGAGCCUAUUCUUGGUGAUUUUGUAAUC